CAAGCGAUAUUCUUGUUUCAUUACUAUUCCGUAGAUUCGAGUAGCACAAAAUAGAAUAACAGAACUAAAGAAGCUGUGUGACAGGUGCGACAAAAUAAAACAAUUGGAAUUAUUUACGAGUUAAAACUCCACGUAGGAUUUAUAGGAGACAUCCACUUCACAGACGAAAGUGAUUACAUUCUCAUUUUCUUUUUCCUAUUAAGACAAUUAAUUUCUUCUGAUUGUUAAACUUUUCUGGAGAAAAUAUUGUGUCCACAACUAUGCUGAAAACUGCGUCUAAGAUUGUCCAUCGUUGUGUCAAUGAAAUAUUACCGGUUCAAGCUGUCAUACCUAGUUACGGCAUCUCAAAUCGAUCAUUUAGCACAAAACUAGAAAAUGGGAAACCACCUAGGACACUCAUAACUGGAAGUUUAGGUCAACUGGGCACAGGACUCGCGAAAAAACUAAGAGCCAGAUAUGGAGCGGAGAAUAUCAUUAUGUCAGAUAUUAUCCGAGCACCUGAAGAAAUUCUGGAGGCUGGACCCUAUAUCUACGCAGACAUUCUAGACUUUAAAAAUCUACAAGAAAUCAUAGUCAACUACAGAAUCGAUGCCGUGAUACACUUUAGUGCUCUGCUCAGUGCCAUUGGAGAAGAAAACGUAGCACUGGCCAUGAGAGUUAACAUUGAAGGACUGCAUAAUGUGAUGGAAUUGGCUAAACAGUACAGAUUGAGAUUAUUUGUACCCAGCACCAUCGGGGCAUUUGGUCCAGAUUCACCAAGAGACCUCACUCCUGAUUUAUGUGUCCAGAGACCUCGAACAAUCUAUGGGGUUUCCAAAGUACACGCAGAAUUACUUGGAGAGUACUAUCACUUCAAAUAUGGACUGGACUUUCGAUGCCUUCGCUUUCCAGGAGUGAUUUCUGGCGAUACCGCUCCAGGGGGAGGGACCACGGAUUAUGCUGUAUCCAUUUUUCACGAUGCUAUUAGAAAAGGAUCUUUCGAGUGCUACCUAAACAAGAACACUAAAUUACCAAUGAUGUAUAUUGAAGAUUGCUUGCGGUCUCUUAUUGAAAUAAUGGAAGCCCCCGAGGAGAAACUAACGCUUCGAACAUAUAAUGUUGCUGCUAUUAGCUUCACACCUGAGGAAUUGGUGAAUGCCCUUAAAAAGCACAUGCCUCACGUCGAAGUCACAUAUGCCCCAGAUAGACGUCAAAAAAUCGCUGAUUCAUGGCCCCAAGUUUUUGAUGACCGAAAUGCCCGUAAAGAUUGGGGAUGGAAACAUCAAUAUGACAUAGAUGCCAUAUGCAAAGCCAUGAUCGAGACUGUAAAACCGUUUUAUUCAUGAAAUAUAUAUUUUUUCUCACUUCGUAUAAAUAGAAAUAUCAACCACACUUGUUUUAUUUAUGGAUAUUAAAUUUAGUUCUAUCAUCUUCACCAGGGCUUCAAGAUGUUCACAAAAAUAAGAAUGCUAUUAAAUCAACUUAUAUAAACAUAA